AUGAUACAAAAUCAAGUAGAGUGCUAUGAAAUAGACGGAAACACAAUAUAUAAAAAGGUAGACUUACCAAAAGUAUUCUCCAUUCCAGUGAGAAGUGACUUAGUAUGCGUUGUUCACGAUAUGGUAAAGAGAAACACCAGACAGCCAUAUGCAGUUGAUCCAAUGGCCGGUAUGAGACAUUCUGCCCACUCCUGGGGAACUGGAAGAGCGCUUGCUAGAGUGCCUCGUGUAUCCGGUGGUGGUACACAGAGAGCUGGACAGGGAGCCUUUGCCAACUUCUGUAGAAAGGGUAGAAUGGCCAGUCCUACUACUGUUUUAAGAAGAUGGUUCAGAAAGACUACUAAGAACACAAGAAGGCAUGCCGCAGCAAUGGCAGUUGCAGCAACUGCAUCUCCUGCCCUGGUUGAAAGCAGAGGACAUAUUAUUUCUCAGUUGAAGAGCAUACCAAUUGUUAUUUCCAAUGAGAUAGAGUCUUUAAAGAGAACUAAGCAAGCUCUUGAACUUAUAAACAACUUCUCGCUUACAGAAGAAAUUGAAAGAGUAAAAAACAGCAAAGCCAUAAGAGCAGGAAAGGGUAAAGCAAGAAACAGAAGAUGGGUCUUAAGAAGAGGAGUUCUUGUCAUUUACAAAGAGGAUAAAGGAAUUACCAAAGCAUUUAGAAACAUCAGAGGAAUAGACUUAAUGCCAGUUGACCAAUUAGAUCUUUUAAAGCUUGCACCUGGUGGUCACCUUGGAAGACUUGUUGUAUGGACAGAGGGAGCUUUUGAGAGAUUAAGAGAGCUCUUUGGAGAUGAUGGAAGAGUUGCUGUUAAAGAAGGAUACAACUUACCAGAGUCUAAGAUUAGUUGCCCAGAUGUUAAAGUCUUACUGAAGUCUCAAGAAGUACAGGCCCUCUUUGACAAGAAGCCAUGCUUGAAGCUUGGAAAGACAAAGGCAGACCCAAGUGUGGUGGCAUCAAUUAACCCAUACUUUGAACUUUUCAACACGGUUUAA